AUGUCGCUGGUGUGCUCCUCGGCGAAUCUCUGCAAAAACACCAAACCAGUAUGGUCACUGGCGUCCGCUGCACGAUUUUCCGAUAAAAAGAAGGGCGACGAUUUGGAGACGGAUUUGCAGAAAGAUCUGAAAAAGCUGAAUGAAAUUCUAAAAACUGGAAUAAAAGAGACCGAAUCACUCAACGAUAAGCUUCAAGAUGCCACGCCCACUGGAAAAAUCGAUAAAAAUUUCAUGAAUUUCCGAAAACAAGCGGAGCAGGAGGCGUUCAAACGUAGCAGUAUUUUCAAUUGGAAAACUGUGCUGGGGACGUUUGCAGUCGAGCGAGAAAAGCAUAGAAAACAGACAGCUGGAAAGGCGAGAAUCGGUGGAGAAUGGGAGUUGAUUAAUACGAACGGAAAACUGGAAGGGUCUGAGGAGUUGAGGGGAAAUUGGCUUCUGAUGUAUUUUGGAUUCACAAAUUGCCCGGACAUUUGUCCAGAUGAGAUUGAGAAAAUGGUGAAAGUAGUGGAGAUUGUCGAGGCGAAAAAGAAUGCACCGCCCAUUGUGCCUGUCUUCAUUUCAGUGGAUCCGGAGAGAGAUUCCGUGGAACGGGUCAAAGAGUACUGUAGCGAGUUUUCGGAUAAGCUGAAAGGGUUCACUGGGAGUCAGGAACAAGUGAAUAAGGUUGCGAAGACGUUCCGUGUCUAUCAUAGUCAGGGACCACGUACGUCGAAACAAGAGGAUGAUUAUAUUGUUGAUCAUACUGUGAUUAUGUACUUGAUUGAUCCGGAUGGUCAAUUCCAUGAUUACUACGGUCAGAAUCGAAAAGCGGAGGAGAUUGCCAACGUGAUCGAGAUGAAAAUGACGUCAAAACCAGAAGACGCGUCUCGAAACGAUUUCAACGUGCGUGUCGCGAAGAGCAAUGACAAUGUCCGUUACUCAGUAAUGAUGUUCAACGGAAUGGACAAAGUGGACACAUCGAAAUGGACGUUAGAGAGUGCGGUGACGAUGGAGAGAGAAGACAAUCAGAGAGUGAUUCUAUCGACUCAGACGGUUCAAGAAUACGGUGAAGGAUCGGAAUACGGUAAGGCGGCACGUGAGGAGGCGAGACGAAAGAAGUACGGACGGCAGUCGAAAAGCUAUAAACUCGACAAUCAACCGUGGAAACUCACGUUCACCGAACCGGAAGGACGACAGCGACAGAUGCGGGGAAUCAGAGAGGGCGGAGCCAAUGAGCACGCAGACUACUGGGUUUUUUUGAAACCACCCGGGUCGAGCGAGUUUAAGGCGUACAAAGUGGACGAAUGGCACAAAUUUCUGCCAGCGAUCACGCAUAAAACGUUGGAUAUCGAUCAGGCGGAAGAGCAAUUCUCUCAACGAAACAAAGUGAUGAAUCAGUUCGCACUGAAAGCGGCGAUUCAGAAUCAGUUGAAUGCGACGGACGAUUCGGAAAUGACGGAGCAACAGAAACGACUUUUAAAGAUUAAAGACGAAGGGAGUUCCGAUGAUUCAGAUGAUGAAGGGGAUGAGGGAGAAGGCGGUGGAGAUGAGAAGAAGGCGAAGAAUAAGAAGAAGAAGAAGAAGAAUUUGAAGCCGGCGAAAGAGAAGAGACAGAGAGUCGAGAAUAGUGAUGAGGUUGCCAAAUACGAAUCAUCUGACGGAGAGGACGAGGGACGUGAAUACGACUACAUUUCUGACAGUGGAACCGAUUCUGACCGCGAGCAAGUGCCAUCUGACGAGAAAAUCGAGAAGCAACUAGUGGGCGUGGCCGAAGAAGAGGGUGCCCGAAAGCUAUUCGAGACGGAUUCAGAUGAAUCUGACGAUGAUUUGGCGAAGAAACUUCUGAAACCAGAUGAUAAGAAGAAGGGAAACGACGUCGAGGAGCGAGAAUCAUCUGGAACGGAUUCAGAUGAUCCGGAUACGGAAAAGAUUGAAUCCGUCGUGUUUUUGAAGGCGAAUAAGAAUGCGGAAGUGGCUGGAGGAGGAGGCGGAGCGAAGAAACGACCGUUAGGGGAGGAUUCUGAAGUGAAAACUGAUGGCGUCGGGCCGAGUGAUGCGAAGAAGGCGAAGCCAGCGGCGAAGUUUGAGGAGGGAUUGAAUGAGGAGACGGUUCGGCGGUAUUUGAGAAGAAAACCGCAUACUACAAAGGAACUUCUUCACAAAAUGAACGGAAAAUGUGGGGAUAUGAGCAAAUCGGAAAUGGUCACCCGUCUCGCCACGAUUCUCAAAGCGAUCGAACCCCACCAGACACGUCAACUGAAGGGAAAGAAGGAGGUGCUCUUCUUCUCACUCGCCAACACUAUCGCCUAA